AUAGAGCGAGCGAGCGGGCGCAGGGGCGGGAGGGGAGUUGUCGUUGACCGGCGGAGGGGGAAGCGAGAGGAACAGACACGGGGACACGGAGGCAUCGUGUCGGUGGCCUCUGCGGCAAAUCUGCAGGUUUCUCGUGUGUGGCGUGUGUUGGACGGGCUGCUGAUCGGAUACCCUGAAAUCGGUGAUCGAAGAGGAUCCGUCCGAUCGGAGAGUCCCCCGGUUCCACCUGGGGAGAAGAGGAUCGUGCACCGUGAUCGUGCGUGUAUGCGUGCGCGUAUACACCGUGGAUCUGGCGCCGGCGGGAGCACGGCGCUCUGGGGAUGAAAAUGUUCGAUGGAGCGGCGCGGCCGCAGCAUCCAGCGUUCUCGCGAGCAGCGUCUCGCCGCGGACGUCCCGUGUCGUCCAUGUCCCGUUGCUCGUCGCCGAGGAGCUGAGUGAUCGGAUGGCGAGGCGGAGCAGCGAGGAGGCAGAACGAGGUGGCGAGCAAGCGAAACGCGGCCAGAGCGAACGGAGAAGAUUGAUUGAUCGAGGCUGCGAAGAGGAUAAUAGGAAAACGUAACUCCGUCGAUGCCAGUCGACGACCCCGCGGCGGCGUCGGCACAGGUGGGGGGUGUCCUCUCGUGAGAACGGGCGAACACACGUCGCGAUACUCUACGCGUGGAGAGGAGAGGCGAGAAGCUGACAAGUGCGUGCGGUCUGUGUCCGCGUACGGUGGUACGCCGGGGGUUUAGCAUCCUCCAGAGGCUUCCGUGUUCGCGGCGGCCAGGCUGACGGGGACUCGACGGUGACACCGAGUGCCCACCGCUCGACGAGUCUAACCGUUCCGUGAAUGAAGAAAAGGUAGACCGGACGAGGAGAAGCUGGAGGAAGCGGCGAUAGGGGGGAAGAGGGAGGGUGGAACGACGACGAGGCGAAGGGACCUAUGGUUCGCGAGUGAAACACGGUGCGGGUCUCCGCUGUCCGCUGUUCAAUCUUUCAAGGAGACCCAGCGACGCCGUGAUUGGCUACGCUGGGUUCACGCACACGGAUUUUCUCACGGCAGCAGGCUGAAGUGGCGCAACACGGGACACCGAUUAGAGAGCCGGCGAGACGCAAUCGGAGAAGUAGGCCAGCCCGCGCACCGUGAACACCGUACGCCGCGCUUAAUCAGAAUGAAAUCUAAGAACCCGUCGACAAUAGGCCCGUGAUGCCUGAAGGAGAGCCGGUCGGCGAAAUGAAAGCCCCUGAGAAACAAUGGAAGCGUCCACGCAAGCAUGACGGCCCCAUUCAGACACGCAGACGGCAUGCUUAGUGGUGGCCAAACGAGACGAUCAAACUUCUAAUCGGCGAGGAGAAGAGAAACAGACUGUGGCAUGUUAGGGACAAAGCAUCACCCUUUGCAGGGGCACAUACUGCUCGCCCUGUUCUUCUUGCUGGGCACGUUCGCGUUGCUGUCACGAGCCGCCGCGUUCCCGGACUGGACCGACUGCCCGGCGGUGUGCCGUUGCAAAUGGACGUCCGGCAAGAAAUCAGCGUUGUGCCACGACGCGGGAUUGACCUCGCUGCCGGCUUCCCUGGAUCCCGACAUGCAGGUGCUGGACCUGUCCGGCAACAAGAUACCGGCGCUCCAGUCGGAAAUCUUCAAACGGUCCGGUCUGCUGAACCUGCAGAAGGUGUUUCUGCGGAACGCCGGCAUCCAUCACAUCCACGCGGACUCGUUCCGGAACAUGACGAUCCUGGUCGAGAUCGAUCUGUCCGACAACCACGUGAGGAGCCUCGAGCCGGGCACCUUCCUUGGCAACGAAAGACUGAGGAUCCUAAUUCUAAGCGGGAACCCGCUGAGCAGCCUUAGGAGCCACCAGUUCCCGGUUUUGCAGCAUCUGCGCACCCUGGAGCUGCAGAGGUGUUCACUGUCGGAGAUCCACGGCGAGGCGUUUAUACACUUGAAGGGUCUAGAGUCCCUCCGGCUCGAUCAGAACGAGCUGGAAUACAUAGACGCGCCGGUGAUCUCGAACCUGCCUAGCUUGAAAACGCUGACCAUGGACGGGAACCGGUGGAGCUGCGACUGCAGGCUCCGCGACUUCCGGAGCUGGCUGAUCUCCAAUGUUCCCAACAAACUGUACUCCGUGCCUCAAGUGUGUUCAGCGCCGUCGCGGCUGGAAGGUCGCAAGUGGGAGGACGUGAAGCCAACCGAGUUCGCUUGUGAGCCGGUGGUGAUCGUUCUGGCGAACAGCAUACAGGAGGAAGUGAACGGCAACCUUAGCCUAGCCUGUCUAGCUACGGGUGAUCCGGAGCCAGAGGUCUGGUGGCAGUUGAACGGAGGACCAGUGAACGCCACCAGGCUAACCGAGCAGACCUACACGGGGACUUACGUAGCGUACGCAACGUCCGACGUCGGUUCGGCCUACAGCGACCGGGGAACCACGGUCGGCAAGAUCACUGACAGAUGGAGCAACCUAACAGUGUACAACGCGAGCGACGGAGACGCUGGGGAGUACGCAUGUUUCGCUAAGAAUAUCGCGGGCUUGGCCAGGGGCACGGUUAGUGUAGCUAUCCCGCGGGUGUACACUGCCCCCACGUUGUCCCAGAGCGACAAUUGGCUGCUGUGGGUCAGUUUAGCGGGUGGCGGGGCGGCCGCGCUUUGUGCCUCUAUCUCGGCGGUGCUGUUGGCCCUGUGCGUGUGCGGGGGAUCUCGUCGGCAGAGUGCUCGCGAGAAAGUCAAGCUGCAAGGCAGCACGAGCUUCGGCGACCAAGAGAAGAAACUGUUGGACCUGUCCGUGACCACGACCACGCCUGGCAAUAGCAACGAGCAGGGCAGCGGCCACGGCAGCAUAGUGGAGGCCUACAGCUCCGGUGACCUGGAGCUAGCGGAAAGGGGAUCGAUCUGCGACCCCAUGAGCGCGGCUACGGUCACCAUCGAGAGACUGCGACCAGAAGUGACUACUAGCUCCGUGAACGCGAUGAGGUCGGUCCCGUGCGCCGCCAUGUUCCCGCCGCCGCCGCCAGAGUUCACGAACGGUGUCCUCCCGGCUGGGAUCUUCGGGAACAUUUUCAUUUCCGUGUCCGUGCCGCAGGACUCGUCCGAGCGCUGCUACCCGGACUUGCUCGAUCUGCCCGUGCACGGCGGCGUGGUGAACAAGUCGAGCGCAGCUGUAGCCGCCGCGUCCAGUGUCUCGAGCUUCGCGACGCUACCGCGGCGAGCGCUGCGCUCGACCGACCUGUGCUCGCCUUACGACAAUAUGGGGCCCCGUGUCACGGCGAACGGCAGCUCCGCGUUCUCGUUGACCGACGUCGACCUGCGGUUAUCGCCGCCACCGCCGCCGCGGAUCAUCCAACCGCCGCACGAGUUCGUAUCUCUGUAAGGACACGCCAGACCGACACACACGAACCGGCUUUCGAGCAAAUAGUCGGUAUACCUUUGUUCGCGGGACUCGUAUCCGUCGCUUUCAACCCUACCACGUUCCAAUCAGCCGCGUACUCCUUGAGAAUUCACUUCGUUACGUUCGUUGCCGACAGUAACCACCCGCGUCUGUAUUUUAUACGGUGAGCCAUGGGCCUACCAGGUCGGCCUGUGAGACGAUCUUCCGUGGUUCCGUUUUCUAUCGUUUGACCGGUGUACAACCGGUGA